AUGGCGGAACCUGAGGGGUUGGACGCGGCCCCAGGCCCAACUUCUGGGACGACUUUUAGGGGUCGCCGCGCUCUCUCAGGCUCCUGGGAGCGGGACCAGCAGGUUGAGGCCGCGCAGCGGGCUCUGGUGGAAGUGCUGGGGCCUUAUGAGCCGCUGUUGAGCCGGGUGCAGGCAGCCUUGGUGUGGGAGCGGCCAGCUAGGAGCGCCCUGUGGUUUCUGGGGCUGAACGCGACUUUCUGGUUCUUUGCACUGACAUCCCUUCGUCUUGUGUUUCUGCUUGCCUUCAGCUUGAUGAUUAUUGUGUGUAUAGAUCAGUGGAAGAACAAGAUCUGGCCUGAAAUAAAAGUGCCAAGACCCGACGCAUUAGACAAUGAAAGCUGGGGCUUUGUGCACCCUCAGUUGCUCAGCGUGCCCGAGCUCUGCCACCAUGUAGCUGAAGUCUGGGUUAGUGGGACCAUUUUCAUAAGGAAUCUUUUGCUUUUCAAAAAGCACAACCCAGGCAAGUUCUGCUUGCUGAGCUGUGGGGUACUGACCUUUUUGGCCGUCUUGGGCCGCUACAUCUCUGGGCUCCUGUUGUCCUAUUUAAUGCUUGUCACUGUCAUGAUGUGGCCCCUGGCUGUGUACCACCGACUGUGGGAUAGAGCAUAUGUACGGCUGAAACCAGCUUUGCAGCGGCUGGACUUCAGUGUCCGUGGCUACAUGAUGUCCAAGCAGAGAGAAAGACAAUUACGCCGCAGAGCUCUACACGCAGAACACGCCAUGGACAACCAGAGUGACAGUGAAGAGGAACUUGCUGCCUUCUGCCCUCAGCUGGAUGAUUCUACUGUUGCCAGGGAAUUGGCCAUCACAGACUCUGAGCACUCGGAUGCAGAGGUGUCCUGUACAGACAAUGGCACGUUCAAUCUUUCCAGAGGCCAGACUCCUCUGACAGAAGGCUCUGAAGAUCUAGAUGGUCACAGUGAUCCAGAGGAAUCCUUUGCUAGAGACCUUCCAGACUUCCCUUCCAUUAACGUAGAUCCUGCUGGCCUGGAUGAUGAUGAUGACACCAGCAUUGGGAUGCCCAGCCUGAUCUACCGUCCCCCACCGGGGGCCCAGGCCCCUCCUGCCAGCCGGGAUGAGGCUGCACUGCCAGAACUUCUGCUUGGUGCCCUGCCUGCAGGAGCCAACCUCACCAGCAACUUUGCUAGCCUCGUCUCCCAAGGCAUGAUCCAACUGGCCCUGUCAGGGGCCUCCCAGCCAGGCCCUUCUGGUGCCGCUCCCCGAAGAGCAGCAAGAGGCUUUGUCCGAGCCCCCAGUUUAGACCUGGACACGGAUGCUGAGGGGGAUGACUUUGAACUUCUCGACCAAUCAGAGCUGAAUCAGAUGGACCCUUCCAAUUCCAGGAACCACUGA